AUGCCACGUAUCUCGCCUUCGCUCAUCAGGCAAGCUUCUCAUAUCGACCAACGACUUGUGAGAUUGCUACCAAUAUGCAGAGAUCUGCCUUCAGCACGCAAUGAGUUGAGAUGGCUUGCCGAGCAUGCCGCUACAAAGCCAGGCAAUGAGCAUGGAAAGCGACUUCUCGAGUACUACAUCCGCAGGAGAGCACGAGGGGAGCCUCUACAGUAUAUACUGGGGACAGAGUACUUUGGAGAUCUUGAGAUGAAAUGUCGUCCUGGCGUCCUCAUACCACGUCCAGAGACCGCUGCUUCGGUAUCUCAUCUUGCAAGUCUUCUGCUGGCACGUCAGCUUCCUCCAAGACUGCGCGUGCUCGAUCUCUGCACUGGCACAGGAUGUAUCCCACUACUGUUGGACCACGAGCUUCGAAAACGUUUUCGUGAUAGUACUACCUCUGCCGAGAUUGUGGCAGUCGAUAUAUCGCCUAAAGCUCUCGCUCUGGCCAAGGAGAAUUUGGCCGCCCAGCCUGGUGCCGCGGAUUUUAUCACUUUCCAUCCGGCCGAUGUCCUAUGGGAUUCUGAUACGAACGAAAAUCUGAACGAACCGCCAUCGUUGAAAGAAGCACUACAUGCCCGUCAUGGCCAUGGCCCGAUGCGAAACUACGAUAUUCUAAUCUCCAACCCCCCAUACAUCUCACCAAAAGCCUUCCGCACAACCACAGCCCGCUCAGUCCGGCAUUACGAGCCGAAGCUUGCUCUCGUCGCUCCAGACCAGCGUACUCCACGGUCCUAUGACGGAGUGACAUCGGAUGAAGAUGACGCAAUCGGCGACCUUUUCUACCCAGCCAUUCUGCGUCAUGCUCAGGAUCUAGAUGUCAAAAUUAUGCUUCUUGAGGUAGGGGACCUCGCUCAGGCUUUGCGAGUGGCUGGUAUGAUUGUGCGUCAGGGUAUCUGGGAUCAUGUCGAGAUGUGGAGGGAUGAGCCGGGCUAUCCCGUGAUCGAGAGUGUCUUAGUUGACGGCGUUGUCAUUACUGUGCGAGGAAGGGGCAGUGGGAGGUCUGUGUUUGCUUUUCGGGGCGAAGGACGUUGGUGGUUGGACUCGGACAUAUCCAACGAAUGGGCAAGUACACCCGUCUCCAAAGCAUAG